GCCGCCUGCCACUCGCUCGGACUCACAGCGACAGGGAGAUGGCCAGGAGAAAGAGGCGUCGCCGCAGCCGCUCACUCUACCCGAAGCGCCGGCAUACAGCAGGGCCAGGCCCCACCGCCAAAGUCCCCCCAGCUCCGGUUCCGAAGCGCCGCUGGCCCCAGCCGAGCCGCCUCAUCUGCGCCGGCUCCAGGAUUGGGGGAGGCGGCGCCAAUAUCCGGCCUCGGCCGCCAUCUUCCCUCCGUCCCUCCGCCCCCCGCAGGCCGGCCCCGUCGAUGACCUCAGAGCGUCGGGGGUGGACGCGGACGGCGGCAGGUGCUGAGAGGACCAAGCGCCGAGCUCGCGGAGGGGCGGGGCCGUGGGCGAAGCCGGUGGGUGGGGCCUCGGCCGGAAGGGGCGUGCCCGGAGCGCCGUGGAGGUGGGAAGCUGCGCCGCUGGCUGGGAAGAGCCAUUCCGGCCGCAGGCGGGGCGUCUGCGGGGAGAUAGGCUCGCUAAGGCCGGAAAGGAGUAAGGACUUGGCUGCGGUAGGCUCCACACCCGGCGUGGAGCCCAAAGCCCGCUGGAACUCACCGGCGAUCAAGACCUGAUCCCAGUUGAAGAGUUGGCCGGUCAACCCACUAAGCCACGCAGGCACCCUUGUGCUAAACAUUUUAAAGGCAUCUCAUGGAUUAAAGUAGUUUUUCCGACUUAAAGUUUACUGCACGCUGGCUUGGAAGCAGGGGAUAGAAAAUCGCUCCUCUUACCUUUGUUAAUUGAUUCGUAAUCUGCUCUUUGCAUCGUUUUCAUGGGAAAAACUUUUUCAUGGUGUGUCUUGACUUUAAAAACCGUAUUUUAAGAGAACUUAAUAAACUUAAUAAGUAAACAUUAAAAGAACUAAAAUUUAAUAAACAAAAAUAGACAUACUGAUAUGAAUGCUGAGCGUUGUAUGAAUGUAAAAAAUCUGCCUUCAGUGGCACCUGUUUAUAAUGUGUACUGCUAACAGCAAAACAAACCAAAAACCACUUAAAUGUUUAUCACAUUCAUUAUUUUUCAGAUGUCAGCUGUGAAUGAUUUGGCUUAUGUUUGCAGCUUUCCUCUAAUUGCCUCCUCCACCUUUAGCUAAUAAUGAUCCAGUCCUAUUACACCUGGGUGUGGACUAAAAUGCCAUGGGUUACUUCUACCAUUUAGCCUCUCUGUGCUGUAUCUUCCUUGCCUAGAAUAUUCUACCUGCCAAAUCUGAUUCCUUUUCUUAAAACCGAUGCUUGCAUAUCUAGGAAAACUUUUCCUGACAAUUGCGCAGGAUUUAGCUGUUCUGUAUACUCUAGCAUUACUUGAUCAAUAGUUUUCAACAGGUGUUUGUAUUUUUAAAUUUUUUUGCUUUUUUAUUUUUGUUUAC